AUGGCUAACAGGAGAAGGAGAAACACUGCUGGAGUUGACGAGAUCGCUCAGGCAAUUCAUCGCAUGGUGGAUGCGAUGCAGCCUAUUGCCGCUCAGCCUAGGGUCGUGGUGGCACUAGUUCGCCCUGUGACGAUGGAGGAUUUCAUGAGGCAUAAGCCCUCAAAAUUCUUUGGUAGAUCCACCCUUGAUGAGGUAGACGCAUGGCUGAGAGAGUGUGAGAAGAUCUGCAGGGUGAUAGACUGCACAGAUGCACAGAGAUUGUCAUUUGUCACUUUCUUCCUAGUGGCAGAUGCGAAGUAUUGGUGGGUGGGCAUGCAGCAGUUGAUACAGACAUGUGCCGAGGAGAUCACUUGGACUUCCUUCAGGACCAGGUUCCUGGAGAAGUACUUUCCGGAUUCGGUGAAACACAAGAGGGAAGCUGAAUUCCUCACCUUUCAGCAGGGGAACCUGACUGUGCAGGCAUACACAGACAAGUUUGAGUAUCUGGCUAGAUUUUAUUCACCUACAGUCACUGAGGAGUGGAGGUGCAAGAAGUAUGAGGGUGGGUUGAAACAUGAGUUGCGCUGA